GACAAUCUUGCUGACAUUGGCGUCGAGGCGAGGCGAGGCGCUAUUUCCUCCAUUCGGCACCUUGCAAGAGACUUUAAGCAUGCCUUAUGAAUAUUCUUAUCUUUUCACACUGCUCCCACCCGGGUCCUCUUCAUUGGAGCUCGUUUGCUAUCAAUACCUCCGACCAUAACUCCGCGAUAUGAGUCCCGUCCCGAGACCCCAAGAUCUCCGCGGCUUAGUCGCUGGCAAGAUAUAUGCAACUGAGAAGGAUUGGCACCAUAUGCAGCCUAUUAUCGCCAAGCUCUACCGAGAUGAGAACAGAUCACUUAGACAAGUGAGGGAGAUCAUGGAAUCCCGAUAUCAUUUCCACGCCACAACUAAGAUGUACAAGUCAAGAUUAAGUACGUGGAAGCUAGACAAGAAGCUUAAAGAAGCUGAAGUAGUGGUCAUGCUUCGACAAAAGGAGGACCGCGACGCUGCAGGCAAGCGCUCUCGAUUCUUUCUCCGUGGCCAAGAGGUCAAGUGGGAUCGUGUGCUCCAGUAUCUGAAACAUAGGCCCGACCUACAAGACCCAACCAACGUCGAUAUUCAAAGAUAUCUAGAUACGAAUUUAGACGUCACAUGUUCUACACCCUCACCGACCUUAUUCAAGAAUGAAAUUCCUUGUCGGAUAGAGCCGCAUUCAGAUCUACGUCUGCUUGACAACUCCAUAAGGCUUAUACAUUCCUACCUUGAUGGGGCAUUUGAAACCGGAUUGGUCGUCAUCGAUGGGCGAAUUCUCUACGGACCAAACGGAAAACCCGCCAGGCAAAGGGUCAGGGGGUGGCAUGAAGAUAUGGCCGACAUACACAUAUUGUUGAGCAGCAAGGAAACUACUGCUGCGUUCCGCCUUCUCAACAAGCAACUUGAUCUAUUGAAGCAGUUGAUAAGAGAACAGGAUCCCGAGCUGCUAUUGCUAACAUUCCACGACAUCUUCGACCUUGAACCCAACCUCGCGGAGUCGCUCCUUGUUUUUGUGUGCAGGAUGCACCAGGCCAUCUUUGGCGAACAUCACCCUCUCAGCUUGAUCUGGGACAAUCUCGUUCGCUUCACUGCAAAAGCCCGCUUACAGGCUGUAUUGAGCAUGACCGCUUCCACCGCUAAGGAGAUGGAGGCGAGGAUGGGGCCUCAAUCUGCAUACGUGGAGGCUCUGGAGUGCCUUCAGGUGGAUGUGCAUAAACAAAGGGGAUCCAAGGAUGGGUUCGGGAGUUCAUGAGGUUGACGUGCCUCCGAGGAGAGCUUCCACACGCUUAGAAGGGACCAACAACGUAUAAUAAAGAGUAGUUAUGAUUCGAACCUCAUCAAAUAAGUUUAGCGG